AGUCAAUAUUAUUCACGCACAUAAGACGAUUUGACGGGCUUGGCAAAUGUGGAGACCUUCUAGAAGCUGACAUGAAGGUUCGGCACUUUUCCGAGCACUGAGUUCAGAGUCUGAACUUUGAACUUUGAACAGUGAUUGUCGCAAGACAAAUCUGGUGAUUUGUUGCAAUUGCUUGAUUCCACUGCAUUUAUCCGUCAUGCAGCUGUUGGCAGUCCUUCGUUUUUGUAGUCUGGCUAUUGCUGUCACUGCAAUUGACUGUAGUGGUAUUAAUGGCAUCAAACCUCAAUGCUUUUCGGCCGAAACGGCGUACAAGCGGGAUGUAUUCUGGGUCGGAGGGAAAUACGUCAAUGCAGCGAUUGGACUUUUGACAUAUGAUCAGAUAUAUGUUGAAAAGUUAACACCAAAUCAAGGCGUCAAAAAACCGUAUCCCGUGGUCUUGUUCCAUGGCGGCGGAAUAUCUGGAGCAACAUGGCUGAACACACCAGAUAAUCGCAAAGGUUUCACUUCCAUGUUCUUGGAUCAAGGAUAUUUGAUUUAUAUUAUCGACCAGAGCUCCGUUGGAAGAGGCACGCAAGAAGACCUCGUUGGGUAUCCUUUGCGGAUUGGUAGCACUUCCAAUAUCACUGAAGUGGGGUUCACGAAUCCUCAAGCUGCUGAUGCAUAUCCUCAAAGCCAACUCCACACUCAAUGGCCUGGUGCCGGCGUGCGAGGAGAUCCUGUAUUUGAUGCCUUCGAAUCUGGAUUUAUCCCUCUGACCUCGAACAAUACCCGCCAAGAAAUAUCGAUGAGAGCUUCGGGUUGCGAACUGCUAAAUCUUAUCGGUCCAUCGUUCUUGGUUUCUCAUUCGAUUGGAGCCGUCCACCCAAUCUUGCUCUCAGACGAAUGUCCAUCUCUAGUUGCUGGGAACGUGAAUCUUGAGCCAGGAAACAUCCCGUUCGAAUCCUACGUAGGCAAUGCGACUUCCUCCGUUGGACGAACGGCAGCUCGACCAUUUGGUCUCACUGUCACGAACCUGAAUUACGAUCCUCCAAUCAGUAACUACACUGACUUGAUAACGGAGACGGUGGGAGAAGACACUCCUGCAUCUCGAUCAUGCAUCCAACAAUCCAAUUCGACGUCCAACUACACUAUUCACAACCUUCCGAAUGUAGCCAAAGUCCCUUAUGUAGCGUUCACUGGGGAAGCUUCUCCGCAUGCGACCUAUGAUCAUUGCGUAAUCCAGUAUCUGAAUCAAAUUGGAGUAAAGACAGAUUGGGUUAAACUCGCAGAUGUUGGCGUCCAUAGGAAUGGCCAUUUCGGCUACCUUGAGCUGAACAAUGUUGCGUAUUUCAAGGUCGUGGAGAAAUGGAUUUCAAAACGUGCGAACGUUCUUGGAGGUAACGAGUGGAAUGACUGGAAAGAGUAAGACUUCAUACAGUGGAAUUGCGCAUAUAAUAGUAUCAAUUUGUACAUGGU